AUGGCUUUGCAUGGGACAUGGGAGAGCUCGCGGGAGCAUUGGAAAGUAACAAAAGGCAGCAUGAGAAAUCCCCUCUCGGAGGAAAUGUACACCGCGGACGAUGUACGCGCUAUCGUGCAGCAUCCAUCCCCUGGGCAAGAACUCGGCUACUCUACAGCUCAGACAGCAGGAACUCACCAGUGGCGUCCGAGCAGAUACGAUCUCGAGAAAAUCGAACAGUCAUCUCAGGUCCUGCUCGCUGAUCAGACCGCCGAUGCUGCUGCGAGUCGCAAAGCCGUGGACGAAAUCCUUGGAUACCUGGCGAUUUUGCCGGAGACGGAACAGCUUAGGUUGCUUUUGAAGGAUUUGAGGGUUCCGGCUUCGUGA